AUGACUUUUCCAAGAUCACACUUUCAAGGAACUCAUGACAGUGAAGCCGGCCCAAGUAGAAUUACACAUGUUAAUGAUGUUGCACUUGAUCAUAAUUGCACAUCACCUAAUCAACGAAACAACACGAGUCAAUCCGAUACAGAUAUAAGUGAUAUAGUUCUAAAUGAUAUGGAUGUUGAUGAAGCUUUGGAGGAUGCAGUAAUAUCAUAUAUUAACAUGGACGCCAGAGAAAAUGGUGCAUUAUCACGUCGUCCUCAAGAAUCAGGACAUGCUUUUCGAGCAAAGCACAAUAUUGCUCGAAAUUUCAAAAAUAAUAUGAUGAUGGCAAAAUCCCGGUUGCCUCAUCCAUUUACCUAUAGACACUGCAAUGCAAGAUUGUUUCAUCAUGAAUCACGUGACACGUGUUGUAAUGGUGGAAAGGUAUCAUUCUCACGAGUUGAUGCUCCUAUAGAAUUGCAACAAUUAUUUUUGGAUGGUUCAGCUGAAGGAAAACAUUUUAGGCAACAUAUUCGAAGUUAUAACCAUGUGCUUUCAUUCACUUCAAUUGGUGUUCAUGUUGAUGAGAAUAUUCUUGCAUCUGGUCGUGGUAUAUACACAUUUCGUGCUCAAGGUGCUUUUUACCAUAACAUAGGAGGUUUCUAUCCAAAUGAGGGUGUCAGGCCGCGUUUCUUACAACUAUACAUCUACGACACCGAUAAUGAGCUACAUAAUAGAAUGCAGGAAAAUCCACAGCUGCACCAAAAUGUAGUUCACAAAUUACAGAAAAUGCUCCAUCAGUUUAAUCCUUUUGUAAUUAGGUUCAAGCAACUUGCAAUACUUCCAAAUAUCAGUGAAUGUAGCCUCAUACUUAAGGAGCGUCCAAGUAAUCACCAUCAAUACAAUCUUCCAACUGCUGAACAAGUUGCAGCAAUUAUUGUUGGAUGUGAUGCAGAUUCUAUGGAUUAUGGAAGGGAUAUUAAUGUCAUUCGUUGUGAUGGAAAUCUCAAGAAAGUUCAAGAGACAAAGGGAUAUUAUGAUCCUUUGCAAUACCCUGUAUUGUUUCCAUUUGGGACGCAUGGUUGGGACAUCAACACAACAAAUUGCAAUGGACGAAGAGUGUCAUGUCGAGCAUAUUACAGUUACAUGCUUCAGAUUCGCCCAAAUGAUCAAUCAAUGUUGUUAAAUGCGGGUCGACUGUUGCAACAAUAUGUUGUAGACAAUUAUGUCAAAAUUGAAUCAGGGAGAUUAAGGUGGAUUAAAGAGCACCAAAGUGAUAUACGUUCUGAAUUGUACCAAGGUUUACAUGAUGCUUUGCAUGUUGGUGAAACUAAUGCAGAGAACAUUGGAAAAAGAACAAUAUUUCCAUCAUCAUUUAUUGGCGGUCGUCGAGACAUGACACAACGUUAUGAAGAUGGCAUGGUUAUUGUUCUUAAUGGCGGUAAACCAGAUAUUUUUCUAACAAUGACAUGCAAUCCUUCUUGGAGUGAGAUAACAUCAGAACUUUUGCCUUUUCAAACACCACAAGAUCGUCCAGAUCUGCUAACAAGAAUAUUUCGUUCGAAAUUUGAGAAAUUGAAGGAUGAUGUUAUUAAUAAAGGAGUCUUGGGUAAAGUUAAAAGCUACAUGUAUGUCACUGAAUUUCAAAAGCGAGGACUGCCGCAUGUGCAUAUGUUGUUGGUCUUAGAAAGUAACGAUAAGCUGCGUGACCCAAAAGAUUAUGAUAGUAUGGUAAGAGCAGAAAUACCUAAAUUAGAAUGUGAACCACAAUUGCAUGAAGCUGUUGUAAGACAUAUGAUCCACAGACCUUGCGGCAUAAUCAACCGAAAGUCUCCAUGUAUGAAAGACGGACAUUGUAAAAAAGGUAUCCCAAACAAUUCUUGGAUGAAACACGUCAAGGCACUGACUCAUAUCCCGAGUAUAGGAGAAGAGAUUUGCAGUAGCAUUAAAAGUAUCAAGUAUCUAUACAAAUAUGUGUACAAAGGCCCUGAUCGUGUGGCUAUGGAGGUUCAUAAAGGAUCAUACAUGGAUGAAGUUCAGCAAUAUGUUGAUGCAAGAUGGAUUUUCAAACUAGAACACGAUGAAAUCUUUCAAUUAUGUAAGGAGUUGAGACGAAAGAAUGUUGAAACUUGCUUCGACAUGAAAAUAACAGACUUUGAAGAUAAAUGGAACACAUGGAAGGAUGAAUAA